AUUCAGUCUCUCCAGUUGCAUCUUCACCUGACGUCUUGAGACACACAAGUGGAAGGGGGUGGCAAAGGGAGCAUCUGCAUCUUCUGAUAUGGUUGAAGGCCAACAUGUAGAAGCAGAGGGGACCAUGGCUGAGGUGGAAGAUAAAACAUUUGAGGUGUGAUGGAAAAGCUGUGGGUCAAAGGAAGGUGGAAUGUCUGUUUGGCGGGGAGCAGGAGAGGAGGAUGCUGAGCUUGUUUCUGAGCUGAAUCUAUUGAAGAAUAAUAUUAAUAAGUGUGGCCAAAUUAUUUUUUGUGAAGAGUUUUAGUAUUUCCAAAUUUUAGAUUUCCGUUUUAUACAUUUACACUUUUUGUUUUUUACUUUUACAAAUUGAUAACACCCUUGGUGUUCCGUGCUUUCCUGGAGGACGUGAACGCAGCACGUCGUUGAUAGUCCCUGCCGGGGGCGGGGCGGGACCAGCGGACGUCAGGGGGUGGAAGAAAACAGCACAGCAGGAAUCAAAACAAGACACGGACACGCCUUCGCUUUUAAAGGUUACAGGAGCUUAUUUCUUCUACCUGCUGGAAAUACCAAAGCCCACGCCUGUCCUCCAAGAGGAGACCUCCACCACCAAGAGGAACGCGAACAGAAAGCGCUGCAAACGCACCGUCGAAGUCCACCGCCGAAAUGGAGUCCACAGAAAUGCAAGACAGCGCUGACUGGAGCCGCUGAUAGAGGUCGAAAUCCCAGCCUCCGACGUUCUGAAUCUCGUAAAAUGCCCAACCAGAAGAGCAGCAAGGGGAAGAAGAGCAAACGCACGAACAGCAGCGGAGACGAGCAAGAAAAUGGAGGCUGCGCGGUCGCAGCGGGAGGCGCGGCCGCGGCAGCUGCAGCUACCGCUGCGCCCAGGACGGAGCGCUCCAGCGAGGUCCAGUGUGCCUCCCCUCUGGGCUGCAGCCUGGGUCGCUCCGUCGACCUGGAGAAAGAAGACCACCAGCGAGUGCUCUGCAACAACGAGCUCUGCCUGUACGGUAACUGGAUGCAUUUGCAGUGCUUCUAUGAGUGGGAGAGCUCCAUCCUCGUUCAGUUCAACUGCAUUGGCCGUGCCCGCUCCUGGAACGAGAAGCAGUGCCGACAGAACAUGUGGACCAAGAAGGGCUACGACCUGGCCUUCAGGUUCUGCUCAUGCCGCUGCGGACAAGGCCACCUGAAGAAGGACACCGACUGGUAUCAGGUGAAACGCAUGCAGGACGAGCGCAAGAAGAAGCCGUCAGAGAGGAGCACCGGCAGGACUGGGGCGUGUGGUGGCACUGUGGGAUCUGGGGAUGGUCCAUUUGAAGAGCCUAAGAAGAGCAAGCCAACAGGAGGAGCAGCAGGGGGGGGGAAGUUAUCUCACAGGGCCUCCAGUCAGGAGUUACCUCGUAGACAAUCAGUGGACCACCAAAACUCCAUAGAAAGAGGAGGGGGACUUGCUGCAGGAGGAUUGUCUCCUCUGGGGCCUCCUCUAAAAUCUCCAUGUGACUCCCCAGGACUGUCUCCUCCAAGCGGUUUUAAUUUCUCCCCCACACCUGUCCUGGGAUCAGGAGUAGCAGGUCUGCGGGGUUCCCGCCAGCUGGGCGAGUUCUUCAAAUCAGCCAUCCACAUGGACCCCCAGAGAAAACACCUGCUGGCUGGGGGCGCUCGGGGAGGCGGAUGCUCUCCCAGUUCAGCUGGUGCUCCUCACCUGGACCCCACGUCUGUCUUUCCGCUGCAGCUGUCCUUCGCCCUUCCGCUCCACCCCCGUCUCACCUCCAGCGGCGGAGGGGACGGUACCCACCCUCACCCGGUGCAGUUCCUGAGGAGGCUGGACCUCUCGGAGCUCCUCACCCACGUCCCCCGCCACAAACUCAACACUUACCAUGUUCGCAUGGAAGAUGACGCACAGGCAGGCCAGGGGGAGGAGCUGCGCAGGUUUAUCCUGUCUGCUCUCAGUGCGAGCCAGAGGAACGUGGUCAACUGUGCUCUGUGCCACCGCUCACUGCCCGUCUUUGAGCAGUUCCCCCUGGUGGACGGGACGCUGUUCCUCAGUCCGUCACGCCACGAUGAGAUUGAGUACGAUGUACCCUGCCACCUUCAAGGUCGAUUGAUGCACCUUUACGGCAUCUGCGUCGACUGUCUGGAGGGCGUCCACAAGAUCGUCUGCAUCAAAUGCAAGUCGCGCUGGGACGGGAGCUGGCACCAGCUGGGCACCAUGUACACCUACGAUAUACUGGCUGCUUCACCUUGUUGCCAGGCACGACUCAACUGUAAGCACUGCGGCAAGCCGGUGGUGGACGUCCGAGUCGGGAUGCAGUAUUUCUCAGAGUACAGCAACGUCCAGCAGUGCCCUCACUGCGGCAAUCUGGACUAUCACUUUGUUAAACCCUUCUCUUCCUACAAAGUACUCGAGGCUUAUUGACAAACGCUUCAACACACGCUAGUUCAGCUACUUUUGUUCUCAUUUAUUUUCUAACACAAUCUAGGAAGGAUCUUUAAUUUUCGGGGGCCUUAAGGUGAUUUUUUGUUUUUAAUCUCUCUUUUUUUUAAUGCAUAGGGAAAAUAUGACACACAAGACAGAGUUCAAGAAACUGUGAGAAAAGUGUUGAUAAAGUGUGGAACUGACAUUUUAGUCAAGUGAGCACUUUUAUCUGAGACAAGUGAAUGUAUCUGUACGCCAAAUUUGCUUUUAUUUUUUACCAAAACCGAUCUUAAAAUAAAGAGAAAGAUUCACACUGAU